AUUUUGUAGACCUUGUUUGCAAUAGUCCACGUCCGAGUUCCCUAGUCCUGUCGUGCCUGCCGCGUUGUUUGAAGGAACAGGUCAGAACUGAACCCAGCAGACCGUACAGACCAUCACGAUGCAGUGGACAUGCGCAUCCAACCCGGAGUGGUGGAAGGCCAUAGCCUCCCAGUCCCACGCUGGCGGUGGUCUGUUUCCCACUCAGGGCCAUCGUUCCCUGUGGGACUACUCCUGGGACGAAGAGGGAUUCCAUUCCUGAGGUGCUGGUCAGUGCCUACCUGGUGGCUGGGCUGGACUUUUCCAUCUUUUGCAGAACGGGUGGAGAUGAUUUUUCAGCCGUUUUCUCAGUUGGUGGAACGGCUGCAGAGUCGAGAGGAGCUGGUCAACGGCUUCUCCUCCAGCUGCCUUCAGGACUCCUCCCGUUCCCACCUGGAUACCGUCCCGGAGGACUGCGUCCUAGGCAAGGUCACCCUGGGGGCCUCAGUACCACCCUCCUCAAGCUCUGCCGGCGCUGAGCCUCCUACCAGUCACCAGGGCAGGCGUGGGAGAAGGGAGUCAUGGGACUCCCCGUCCGACUCCAGUACAGAGCUAGCCACCCCCCCCCAUCGCAUCUCUGCAGAGACGGCCACGGUGCCAGUAAUCUGGCGGAGGAAGGGGGAGUCACUGGCUUCGUCUGUCUCUAGUCCGGCCCAGCAGCCAGAGUCCGGUCCGACCCAGCAGCUGGCAUCCAGUCUAGAAAAUAAAAGUUCAGUUAACCCCUUGUCUGCGCCUGGGUUCUGUUUGUGA